UUCUCCCUUGUUCAAAGGGUUCAAUCUUCAAAGCUAAACAUGGAUUCAAAAAUCUGGUAAGGAUGACAUAAUUCACAGGAUUUCUGAUGUCAUUAAUGGGGUUUGGAUAUUGGAGGAUUGUGAAAUCAAACCCAAGCGAACACGUCGUUUGGGUUUGAAUGAUUUUAAGAUUUUUUUUUCAUUUUUAUGGACCCACCUCAAGAGUCGAGGGUUCAAUUUAUUCGAUUUUGAAAUCAAGAGCUUUUCUGUUUCUUUUGAUUUAGAAUCGAUUUGAGAGACACGCAAUCAAGAUUUGGAACACUAACAACAAGAUCAAUUGCUCGAUCAAAUGCCUGUGUGAGGUUUAUGGGUUUUGAUGACAUUCAGGAUUGUGACAGGACUUUUAAAAUACAAGUACGGGGUGUUCUGUGUGGAUGAGAUGUCACAUGCAUUACAAUUAGAGGAUCUUUGGUGUUGUAUCAAAAUUCAGAUUUUUGUUAACAAGGACAACAAUAAAGAGGUAAGAAGGGGCAGCAUCAAUAUGUAAGACUAAUUAUGCACAACAACAAUACCAGGUUCAUCCUCCACUUAAGGUUUAAUUUAUUGCAUUGUUAUGUGUUGUUGUGUGCUGAAAUGAGAGACUAAUUGUUUAUAAAAUGUAGCAGGGGAAUGCUCCAUCAGGUCUUGUCCUCUGGUAUUGGCCUUGACAGGUUUUGUUUUGAUAGUUGGGACCUUUGCUUUGUUUUGAGGUGUGAAUUUUACUUGUAUCAUGCAUUUAGAUACCUUUUAUACUUUUUUAUUAAAAUUAUUGAAUUACU